AUGGUUUUUGGUGUAUGUGAAACUAAAACAAAUGAGUCAUGGAGGUGGUUUCUUAUCUUGCUUUUGGAGGACAUUGGUCAAGAAAAUAGAUGGGUUUUCAUCUCUGACCAACAAAAGGGUUUGAUACUUGUCUUUGAAAAAUUGUUUGAGAGGGUAGAACACAGACUUUCUCUUAGACAUUUAUAUGCCAAUUUCAAAAAGAAGUUUGGUGAAGGGACAUAUAGAUUAAAGACUUAA